AUGUCAUCAUCAGUUGUACUAAGAGUGGCUUUAUUUUCACUUUUCGUGUUAAGUAUAGUCAGUGCAGGAGGACCGAGGCCAAUAUAUAAAGAAGAAGUGAUUGAAACAACAACUGAAGAGCCAAAAGCGCCACCUAAACCAUCAGUUUUGAAAACUGUUUAUGAUGUUGUCAAGUCUCUAAUGUUGAUUAAAGUGAAAAAUGCCUUCGAUGCACUAAUUGGUAAACCAAUGGAGAAAAGUGCAGUUAGUGAUGCCAAAAAACUAUUUGAGAAAACUGUUUACUGA